AUGUCGGAGUCAUAUAUCCUUAUCAAAGGGGCAACGGUGAUCUCUGCGAAGGCAACCGGCGAGGAAGUCCGAGAAAACUGCGAUAUUCUCAUCAAAAAUGACCAGAUUAAAGCCGUUGGCAAUGAUAUCUCUCCUCCGGUGGAAGAGGAAGUAGUCACCAUCAACGCGGAAAAUUGCAUCAUAACUCCAGGCUUCGUCGAUGGCCACCAUCACAUGUGGCAGCAUCUCCUGCGAGGAAUCACGGUGGACUGGUCUCUUUUUGGUUAUUGCUGCCACCUGCGGACCGUCUACGGAAGCCUGUACGAUCCAGAAGAUGUUUACUUCGCCAAUUAUGCCGCUGCGUUGAGUCUGCUAAACAAUGGCGUCACAACUGUCCUGGACCACUCUCACAUAAUGAACUCGCCCGAACAUGCUGACGCGGCAGUAAAGGGCCUCAAGGAUGCUGCUAUCCGAGGCACAUUUUGCUAUGGCUUCUACCAGAACCCUAAAGUACCUGGUGAUAUCGCCAGUAUGGCAACCGACACGUUUGACAAAGCCGCUCGGAUUAAAGAUGCAGUCCGUGUGCGGGAGGAACAUUUCUCAAAUAAUGAUCCGAGUGUUUCACUUCUCACAUUUGGAAUUGCAUUGGACGAAGCACCGAUGCAAACUCGAGAACAGAAUGUCGAGGGACUGGAGAUUGCAAGGAAGCUGGGAGCUAGGCUAAGCACUGUGCACACUUCGGUGAUAUCGCAUGGGGAACCAAAGGCCGAAAUUGUCGAGCAGUUUGCUGAUGCAAACCUGAUGGGGCCAGACAUCGUGUUUAGUCAUGGAGGUUGGAUGACCGAUAGCGAGCUGGCUGCGGUGCGCAGUUCUGGGGCUGGUAUUGUGGGAACGCCUGACACGGAGCUACAGAUGGGCAUGGGGUAUCCUAUCGUAUGGAAAGCGAAUGACCUGGGAUGUCGGACGUGCCUUGGACUUGACAUUACCUCGAAUCAAGGUAAUGAUUUCUGGGCACAGAUGAGGCUGGCGCUUCAGACUCAAAGAGCUCGUGAAUAUUCGAAUACAGUACACAGAGAGGUCGGGAGAAAGACAGCAGACGUGCUACGCAUGGCAACCCUUGGAGGAGCUGAGGUUAUGCAGAUGGAAUCGUUGAUCGGAUCUAUCGUUCCCGGUAAAAAGGCGGACCUGGUGAUUUUUCGUUGUGACGACAUUGACACGGUGCCUGUUGCGGACCCUAUCGGGAGUGUGGUCUUCCAUGCGUCACCGAAGACUAUCGACACUGUUAUUGUCGAUGGAAAAAUUGUGAAACAAGACGGUCAGCUUGUGGGUGUCGAUUGGCCGUCUUUGCGUGGUGAAAUUGUAAACAGAUCACAACGGCUGAGGAACCAAGCGGCUAAAGUCGAUAUGGAAAAGCCGGAAUCAGAAUUCCGCUCCAUAUUCGAGAAGGCCAUGAAAGCGUAA